UUCACGAGCAUAUCGUAAAGGACCCGCGAAGACAACACGCUGAUGUUUGUUUACUCCUGAAUAGUCAAGAAAUAUGACCGUUUGAGUAAUAUUAUUGAAUGAAUUACCUUGAUUUAACAAAAUGUCAGAAAAAGCAAGUCUGAAGAAAGAAACCAAAAAAGAAAUACGCGCUGUUUUGCUAUCCACACCAAAAGGUCUCUCAGCCAGAGAAGUCUUGGCCGAUUACAGAAAUUUUCAGGGAAGACCUCUUCCAUUUCGUGAACUCGGCUAUAACAGCGCGGAAGAUUUUUUCAGAGACAUCCCAGAUGUUUGCACACUCGACUGGGUCCAUGGUGAGCUUGUGUUGCGAGGAGUUGCAGACGAGAGCACGAAACAUAUUGAAAGAUUGGUAUCACGACAAGUUGCCAAGAAGUCGAAACGGCCGUCGAGGCGCCCUCCGCCGCGUCGUCCUCCACGACCACCACAACAACCCACAGUCCCACCUUUCCUGCGGGUAAGGAUUAGGGAACUGUUGACUUCAUACCCAAGUGGUUUAUUGGGUUCCAGCUUUGGACAUGCAUUUCUAAAACGAUUUGGUCAGAAUUUGCCUUACAAUCGGCGUGGUUUUAAGUCUAUAAGUGACCUUCUGCGAUCCAUACCUGAUAUUGUGGACAUUGAAGAAUUGAGGGGUGGAGGGUUCCGAUUACAUGCGAAGACUAGCAGACUGUCCACUGCAAACAGAAAUGAAGCACCUAGCAGUUAUAGUAGAUAUCAAGGCACCACUCACCGACUGUCUCUUAGCUCAGAAAAUGAAGAUGACAGUAUCUCACAGUUUGAUGAACCACCAGAUGAGGAUGAUGGAAUGAACGAACAAUUCAAAAAGGAGCUUAGAGAGGUCAUUAGUCGCAGGAAAAAUGGUAUGUGGGCAGCAAGGCUUCCUUUUGAAUUCAAGCAAGUCCACAAUAAAGAGCUUUCAUGCAAAGAGUAUGGGUUUGCCAGUGUGAUAGAGCUUGUGUCCUCUCUCCCAGAUAUUUUUACCAUUGAGCGACCAAACCCACAGGGCGACUGGCUGCUAUAUGAUGCACAGACUUGGAAACCCAAGAGUCCAUCAAAUAAAGUGCCUGAAUCUGCUCAACCAAAGUCAUCAGUUGGCACCAAGCCAGAGAUUGACCCAAAUAUCAAAGAAGCUGUGAGACAGGUGCUUCUGGCAAAUCCAGAUGGAGUGUCCUACUUUUCACUACCAGAAGUUUAUAAGGAGCUGGUGGGAGAAGACCUGCCCAUCCAAGAAAUGGGGUUCUGUGAUUUAGAAUCAUUAGUGUUGGAUCUCACAGACGUGAUCCACAUGCAGCACAAGGGAGAGGGCCAGGUGUUGCUCUUUGCCGCAGAUCCCUCGGAAUUGCCUGGCAGAAAAGUUACAGACUUUCUCAAGCAACAUAGGGCAGAGAAGGAAAGCAUACAAGGGUCCAUUCCCAGGUCUCUGAGUAGGAAAGGCAUCCCCCCAGAUGCUGUGGGUCCAGGGGCUUGUUACACCAGGCAGGUGAUGCCCCAGCCCUCACCAGCUAACCCACAGCCAUACCUGGAGGUGUAUGUGUCCAAUGUAGUCAAUCCUGGACGGUUCUGGCUCAUGUUGAAAGGGGACCACACCACCUUGGCUCUGGAGGAGUUGAUGGAUAGACUGGAGGAAGUUUAUUAUGGACAGGAAGGUGAUCGUUAUGCUUUACCAGAAUCUCUCAUAGCCAUAGGUCAGCCAUGCGUUGCCAUCUUUCCUGAAGACCAAAACUGGCAUCGUGUCUCAAUUACAGGGAUUCCUAAUAUAGAUUUUGUUGAGGUUUAUUAUGUGGAUUAUGGAAAUACCUGCUGUGUUCCAAAGUCAUCUCUGAAAAUGCUCAAAACUCGCUUCUUGAAGCUUCCAGCUCAGGCAAUUAGGGCAAGGCUGUCCAAUAUAAGACCCACAGACAAGAAUGGAUGGUCUAAAAAGUCAACUAACAGAAUGCUGAAGCUUUGUGUCAACAAACUGUUGGUAGCCCUAGAAACACCUUCAGUGAACAAUGUGUGCUCUGUGUGCCUAUGUGAUACCUCAGAUCCAAACCAAGACGUCCACAUCAAUGAUGUCCUCUGUGCGGAAGGUUUGGCUGAAUUUUGGCCAGAUGACGAAGACCUUGUCCCAAAUACUGAUCCCCCUGUCUCUGAUCAGCCUAUUUUACCACCUGAUCUGUCUGCCUUCCCUCAGCCUACCAUACAGUCUGAGGCCAUAACAGCAGAGGAAGCUGUUGCUCAUCACGCAUCUGAUACUGGUCCAGCAAACUUGUUAGUUGAAAGUGUCACUGAAUUAGCCCAGUUGACUAAGGAGUGUGCUGAAAAUGCUGAAGGUGACACAGAUGAAGAAAGUGAUGUUGAUGAGGACCUUAUCCCAAGAUGUGUGAAAUUUAUUGAGUUAACAGAGGUGCACAGCAUGCACUUGAUAUGCUAUCAAGACAAAGGUUAUGUGACAAGUGCGGAAAUAUCCAGCUAUCUCUGGGAGAAGGAUAUAUUGAGGUCUUCCUUAAGACACACAAAGACUGGUGCUGAAAUAAAGAAAGUGGUUCUUGCUCAAGAUGAUGAGCCGGAGUUAUUUGAGGAAUUGAAAGAGUAUGAAGUCCCUGGCAUUGUUGUUGAAGGUGUAAUGAAAUCUCACAUCACACUCUAUGAGCUUGAUAGUGUAUUAACAAUCCUGGAUACCUUGGAGUGCCAGGAAGGGGACCUCCUAGAUGCCAUCAGUGAGCAGAUUAAAGCCUUUGAUCCUGAAGACCCUUACUGGCAGGGGGAAGAUAGUGAUGAGGAAGAGGAUGACAGCUCUAGCGCCAGUGACAGUUUAAAAUCUGCAGGCAAUCCACUGAAUUUAGAAGAGCUCAACCUUGCUGUGAAGGCAUUACAGUUUAGAAGACAGAGAAUAAUUGAUAGUAUGGUGGCUGGAGGAAAAAGUCAUGCAGUGGACGAGUUGGAUCAAGUGGAGGCCAGGAUUGUGAAGAUUAAUCAAAUGAUCAAGGAUUUGUGCAGUAAAGAUGCUGCUGACCAAGGAAAAGGGGUGUUGACUGAGGAACAACUGAUAAACACUUUAAUGGAACAGCAGUAUCAAAUGCCAGCAGACUCGGGGAAAAAUCAGGGAAUAAUACAACCAAAGCCAAGUGGACCUAAACAUUUGAAAUCUGAGCCAAGAACCAACAUAGUUUCCCCAAUCAGGGUCGUUCCCAGUCGCCCAAUCCAGAACUUGACUAUCCCUCCCAGCAGUCAACCCGUCACCAACAACAUGGCAGUGGCAUCAACAUCAUUAACACCUCAACAACAACAACAAUUGAUGUUACAAUACCAGACAAUGUUGAUGACCCAACCACAUUUUCUGCAGACUCCACUAAUAUCUCUUGGACCAAUGCAGCAACAACAGAGUCAGACCACAGCUGCAGCUCAUGCUACUCUGCAUACAAACUUUGUUGCGCCUCAAACUUCCACAUAUCGGUUGACUGCACCAGCGUAUCACCAUGCAGCACCUCAGUUACCACCUUUGUCCACCCAAACCUUGCCAAAUCGUUUGGCUACUCCUGUGCCAAAUACUAACUUCCUGGCACCCCAGAUGCCGUCAUUAUUUCUACAAGGAGCUCCUCAGUGGCAGGCGGUCCCUGGAGUAGGUGGACAAAACAUGCUAGGAAAUCUUGGAGAUAUAACGGCCAUGAUGUCUCAAAUGGACUUCGGUGAUAGAACGUACCAACUGGGAUAUGGAACCACAGUGGAUCAAAAUACUGGACUGCACAAGACGUAUAAGAAUUUUCCAGAAUGAAUUCCCAAGUAAUAUGGUAGGGCUUUCUGUAAGUAAAGAGUACAAAUUGCCUAUCGGUGUUGGAUAGAGAAAUAUAUACAGAAGUGCUGUAUUUUUCUGAUAAGGAUAAUUGUCUACACCUCCUUAUUUCUGGUGCUAAUUAGAAUGAUUUGUCCCAGCAGGACAGCUGGUUGAUUUCAGAAAACCUUACUUUUUAGACUUUAUGUUAGCAUGUUAAUUAUAUAUGAUAAAAAUGGUAGAGAUAAUAGAUGUUAGUAUUUAGUUAAUUCGUAUGAAAAUUUAAGGCAACAAAACAAAAAUACCAAAGAGUUGGAAGUGCAAUUUUCCCCACUUUUGGUGCAACAUUCUUUUUUAGUAGCAUUUGUUGCCGUGCCUACUUACAUUAUCUCAGGAAGUUUUUUUUCAUUAAGAUGAUAUUAAGAUAUAGUAACUUUUUACUUUGUAGACAAACAUUUUUUUAAUUCAUUACUUGGCCAUGUUAGCUACGUAUCUAAGUUUUUAAAUUCUUUAGUUGGCCAUGUUAUCUACAUAGGAUUUAAUUUUAAUAAUGGUAUGUUUAGUGUGGGCUUCAGGUCGGUGAAUUGCAGAUAAAGAAUUUACUAAUUGAUGGCCAUUUCAUGACCUAAUUUUGAUUUUAAUUUGAGAUAGUUAAUAAAAGUUUCACAUGUUGAUUGUAAUAUGCCAAAUGUCAUGCCAAAACUGAAAGUUUGAAGUCUUCACUGAACUUUUCAAAAACUGAAGUUGGUUAGAAAAGUACCAUGAUGUUUCUAAAGAAAGGUGUUAAAGGUCACAUUUAAUAUUGUUCCUGUUAUUACUUCAAUUGUAAAUGUUGAUUUUUUUACGUUACCAAGGUCAGUAUUUAGUCAAAGUCAUUGUAUGAGUGUUAUUAAUAAGGUGCUGUAUUGCAAUCAUGAACAAGUCCAUAUUGUAUAGUACUGUGAAAGGUGCACAAUAAUGACUAGUGUGUGAGAGCAAUUACUUGACUGUUCAAAGAAUAAUUCUUUUUAUAUACUGGAAUAGGGGCAUCAUCAAGCUUAAGAAAUAACUGUAAUGAAGGUUCUUGCAAGCAUCAUGUACUCCUAAUCCUUUAAAUAAAUAUUUUUUCUACUUAAA